CUUUCACAAGUUAAGAACACCAAAACCAACAUCCAAGUCCAAACAUAAGAAACUCAACAACGUUCGUGUAACUGUUUUGUGUUUUUUUCCCAGUGAAUCCUCACUCUCAUCAAAAACAUGGGAAGCACCGAUUUGAAGUACGAGGUUUCACAAAACGCUUACAUCAAACUUGUUCUCCACUCCCUCAAACACCCCACAUCUGCCGUCAACGGCGUCUUGAUCGGCCGCAUCUCCCCUUCCAACGCCACCGUCGAGAUCACCGAUGCCGUUCCUCUCUUCCAUUCUCAAAUCCCUCUUCUUCCUCAAUUAGAGAUCUCUCUAAUUCUGAUAGAUGAAUAUUUUUCUGCUAAAGGGUUAAACAUAGUUGGUUACUUUCAUGCCAAUGAGAGGUCUGAUGAAUUUGAACUUGGCGGUGUGGCGAAGAAUAUUGGUGAUCAUAUCUCUCGUUACUUUCCACAAGCUGCUAUUCUAUUGUUAGAUAACAAGAAGCUUGAGGCUUUGAAAAAGAGCAAGAGUAGUGGUGCUGUAAUGCAGCUUUAUGUUAGGGACGCAUCUAAGAACUGGAAGUUGGUUCAAUCAGAUGCGAACAACCGAUUCUCUCUCAAGGAGCCUUCCGCGAAUCUAAUUUUAUUGGAUUAUAUUUCAUCUGAGAAAUGGCGUGACAUUGUAGAUUUUGACGAUCACCUUGAUGACAUAAGCAAGGAUUGGCUAAACCCGGGGCUCUUCAACUGAUCUCGGCCCAUGUUGUCUCCAUUUGUAUCCAAUUUACUUUGCAAGUGGAUUAUGUUUAGGCAUAUUAUCGCGCAUAUGCCAGAUAUUCAUGACGAACAAUUAGGGAAUAGAGAUUUUGACAUCCGAAACCUUGUUUAUUGAAUUUUUUCCUCACCUUUCUGUAGGUAUAUUGUAUUUGAGUUUUCUUGCAUUGCUUGAGACAUUGUUAUUUUGAAGAAACAAUUUAGUUCAAUCCAAUGGCUUUAUGGUUGUAAUGUGCACUCUUUUAAGAAGCAAUUUUCUAUUUUAA